GUUGAAACGUCGCCGCUGGCGAGCAAUCUUGUUGCUGAGGACGAUGUCAUCGUAUCCGUUUCAACAACUUUCUUUCCCGGCUCUGGGCUUCAUUCGCGCCCUCCAGACCUUGUCCUUCUCUCUUCGGAUUCCAUCCAUUUUUUCGUCCAUGUUUCUACUCUACUCGAUGCAUCCUCUAACGCGUUUGAUGGCCUUCUCCCACCAUCUCCCUGCAACAGGGGCAGAGUGGGACCUUCACUGACGGUGACAGAACCAUCUGAUGUCUUGAACGUCGUUCUCCGUGCAGUUUACGCCAGGUCGUGCUCUCAUUAUGGCCACUCGUUUGAGUGCCUCUCUGCUGCAGUGGCGGCGAUGAGAACCUACGGUGUCCUUUCAGCGGUAUAUUUCCCCAUCGACUCCAUUGUUCUCCAUUCUAUUAGCACAUGCUCCGCUGCGUCCGAUUGAGCUCUACGCUCUCGCGGCCGAGCACGACCUUGACGAUCUCGCUGUACCAACCUCUUCCCAUCUUCUCUCCUUUCAUCUUCCGUCUAUUAGCGAGGGAAUGGUAGACCGUAUUGGAUCUGUGUAUCUCAAACGGCUAUUCUUCUUGCACCUCGGGCGCACGGAGGCUCUGAAACGUAUUCUCUUGCAACCUCUGCAGAUGCAUACGCCUACAGCUUCGUGCAGUAUCCACAAUCAAAGGCAGGUCGCACGAGCGUGGGCGUUCGCAUCUGCACAGCUUGCAUGGGAAGCAAGGCCAGAUCUGUCCAUACGGUUUAUUGAGUCGGCUUUGGGACCAUUGGAAGUGCAGCUGACGUGCGACCAGUGUCGCGACCGCCUUAAAGCGCACAUGGAAACCGUCAAAAUCCAGUGGUCUGCGGUCAAGGACUUCAAUAUUCUCAUGAAAGCUAGACCUUCAUUGUAG